AUUCAAACCAACUGAAAAAAAAACAGUUGAGAGAAAAAAGAAGAAGAAGGACACCCUCUUGGCGCCUUUAACUUACAAACAGAACUAUUGUUGAACAAUUCUCUGUUCAUACGUAUACACACAGCCUCCCUCCUAUCCUUGCUAAUUUUAUUAUGUUUCCCUUUUGUGCGCAGAACCUACCAAUCCCAUGGAAGAGCAAAAGAUCACCGACUCUUUUCCUCAGACUCCGCUCACUAAUAGGGAGCCCGCCAAUGCAACGGACACUUUAAUGGAAUCCUCAACCAUGACCUUAGAGUCCAAUGUAGUGAAUGGAAUGAAGUUGGAGUCUGCUGAUGGAAUUGGAGUGAAGUUGGAGUUUGACGGUGAUGAAAGUGGAGUAAAGUUGGAAUCUGAUGGAGAUGAACAUGGAGUGAAGUUGGAGUACGAAGAAAAUGGAUCGGGGGCCGCCAAAGAAGGACUAAAGGAAACAGAUAGGUUUCCUGUGUACCCUGCUCGGGUAGAGUAUCAUAUACUGAUUGUUGCGCCUGGUCAGAACAUUCUUCGUGAAUUACUUGUAUUAUCUCAAUCAACUAAUGGAACAAUGAAUGUUCUUUCUGCUGUCGGUGUGGUUUCCACCAUUUGUAUCCGCAAACCUACUGGUGCUUAUUUGAGAUUCAAGGGUUCAUUUCAGAUUAUCUCUCUAUCUGGAACAUUUAUAAAUAGUUCAAUGUGUAAUCCACUUGGAGAAAAUAGGAUGGUAACUGCUUGGCUGGUUAAUCCUGAAAGGAAGUCUUUUGGUGGUUCUGUAGUCGGUUUUAUGAUAGCUGCUACGCCUGUUCAAAUCGUUGUUGCUUGUUUUGAGCCAGACACCAGCAAAGAAAAGAAUGGUAAUCCUGCUUCUCCGCCGAGUUUUUCUCAGAGUGUCAAUCCUGCUUCUCCAUCGGAUUUUGGUCACAACGUCCCGCAGCCAAUGCUGGGUCCGGGAACAUCUCUUGACGUCAUCCCUUUUGUUCCUUAGACAUAGAGGUCUAUGCUGAGCUUCUGACCUGAAGAAGUGUGUUAUUCAGUUUGCAAGGCCACAGUGCAAGGUUUCUACGGGUGUUUGAUAUACCCGUAAACAAGAUCUUGGAGUUGUUACUGUUGUUGUUUUUAUGUUGUAACUUAUUAUGGAUUUUGCUCUUUGGUUUAAGGAUCGGUAUUUGGAACUUCCUGCAGUAGAGAUAUUAUUUGCA